CCACGGAUACAGGUGCUCUUAUAUAAUAGUUCUGAGAGGUUUUUACCACCACCCACUAAAACAUGACGUCAUUUCCACGCGAAGUGAUGGAGAAAGAAGUUCAAUUUCAGUUUUGGUUUACACAUAUCGAUUUUUAUCAGUGUACGGAAAGUCGAUGAACUGCGUUGUUUAUAUGUUUGGUUUGCUAAAUCGUGAAUCGAUGAACUGGUUCUUUAAAAUUUGUCAAGACAAAUAUUACAAUUUUUGUUAAAAAUUCUCAAAAAUGAGUUCCGAGGACGAUAUUUCCGAUGAUGGGGGAGACUUCUCGGCCAGUGAAGAUGAAUGGUUACCCGGAAAAUCGAAUGACAAAAAGAAGAAAAGCCGCACCUCGGACGAAGCCGAUUCAGAUUCUGUAGCUAGCGAUGAGAUGGCGAAGAUAAGUAAUACAGGAAGAACCGGAAAACGUGGUCUCCGGAAAGUACUAGUAAUGAGGAAAGGAACUUCGACGAACAAUUCCGUCGCUCAAACAAAAAAGAAAGCAACUAAAAAGCAAAACGAUUCCGAUAGUAGCGGUGAUGAACAUCUGGUCAAUCCGGACCAAAUAGAUCUAAGAUCAGACUUUUUUAGUUCACCACCUGCUGCAGUAGCAUCAUCCAGUAAGGUUCCAACUUUUGAUUGUAAUGCUGGAAUGCGGUUGUCCGAUAGCUCUGACAACGAUGACGAUGAUGACGGACAUCAUUUGUUACAAAAACAGAAAAUUUCUGAAGAAAUCAAACAAGCUGCCAACAAAAAACUAAUUGCUAAAAUAAAUAAAACUUCUGAAAGUAUGGUAACAUUUGCUGGCCACAGCGAAUUCAACAAAAAGAUGGAACAAGCCCAUGCCCAUUUAGUUUCUUCAAAUUCGGUCAAACUUUCGAGAUUACCCGAAGAGCUUGAAGACGUUGGAAACCUUCUAGCUUUAGGGGAACCAAAAGCCAAUUCCGAUGACGAUAAAAAAGCUGCGAAACCGGUUAAACGAAAGAAUGAAUCCGAUUCGGAUUGGGAAGAUGUUGAAGAAAAUAAAGAAACGAAACCAGUUCAUGAUGUUCAAAUUACAAUCGGAUCCCGAUCUGAUGAGGUCGUCAAAAAGAAACGAAACAACGAGUUUGAUAUGGAAGUCUGCAUCAAAAGAAUUAUAAAUCGUGAGAGGAAAGAAAACCAAACAGUAUUACACAAAGUCAACAUUCUGAUGGCCAUCGGCCACGGUAACGUCGUCAACAACGUACUUAAUAGUGCGAAACUUUUUUCACUAGCGCUCACCCUAAUUCCGGCCCAGAAAUGCUAUCCAAAGGAUCGAACCAAUAUUGAGUACUUCGAGCAGAUAACGAAGUUCUUUCGUCAAAUAAUUGAUCUGAAAGACAGGAGAGAAUUUUGUCGAUUCAAGAAGCUUCCCAUAUUGGAAACCUCUCUUCGUUUGCAAAUGCUUACCAAAGCUGCGAUUUGUAAGCGCGACUUCGUUCUUAUUUUUAUUAUUCUACUUCGGGCCAUCGGCAUCCAGUGUCGUCUGGUAAUGUCGCUGGUGGUCGUUCCGAAGAAAGUAAGUCAACCCGAACUAGCAAUAUCGCCAACAAUUUCCGCAGAGAACAAGAGUAAAUCCGGAAGUACUAAUAAGGCUUCCACUGGUAAAACGCAGACAAAACUUAAGGACAUUGACUAUUCGCUGGAAAGCAACAGUAGUCAAACUUCGCGCAAAAGUAACAAAAAAUCCGGUGCCGGUAGUAAAAGGGCACAUCUUCAAAUUCCUCAACUCGAUGGUAACGAUGACGAGUCGAGCGAUGUUCCUGCGAAAAAAUCGAAGAAAAGGGUAGUUCCGUCAAGGACACAGAAAACUACAGAGGACAGACUUCAACCGAGUACCUCGCUUCAAGAAAUUAAUUUAUUUUCACCGAGAAAAACUCGGAAACAACGGACUGCUGACGCCAGUGUUACCAAUGAACGUCCUAAGGUAGUUGAAACUAGUAGUUCCAAAAAGCCAAAUUCGGUUAAGUCACUUUACAUCGAAACAAAGGAGCGAAGUGUCAAUCAAAAGUUAGAUGUCAAAAAAGAAACCGUUGUUAAAGCUUCGAGUUCUUCGGCGAAAGAAAAGUUAUCUGUUACUGAAAAUGUUUAUCCAUCGAAGUCCAAAUCGUCAAAUGUCCGAGUGAGCAGCGUUAAAAGUUCUACGCGAGAAUCCAAAUCCAAAUCAAAACCAAUAGUUGCUGAUAAACCUAGAAUAUCUAGUACCUGUUCUUUACAGUCAAAAUCUACCAAGACCCCAAAAUCAAGCGAAGAGAAAGUACCGAAAAAAAUCCUUAAAAUUGAAUACGUCGAUCAUAAACUAAAACGACGGCUGGACCGACGUAUUUUAUCAACCGACGACGAAAUGGCUCCCGGUUGCAGCAAACCAAAGGGAACAUCCAGUUUAAACGUAUGGAUCGAAGUUUUCGCUGAAGAAGAAGAGCAGUGGGUCCCUGUGGAUGUCACGAGCGGGAAGGUGCACUGCCUAGAGCACGUGAUCAAACAGGCUUCCUCGCCAAUAGUAUACGUGCUGGCAUGGAAUAAUGACGGCAGCAUCAAGGACGUAUCGGCCCGUUACUGUCCCAACUUUGCUACCAGCACCAAGAAGCUUCGAAUUGAAGACGAAUGGUUGGAGGAAACAUUGACCUCCUUCAAGGGACAACGAACGGCGCGAGAUAUCGAAGAGGAUCGCUCCUUGAAUCGAGCCCUACAAGAACAACCGCUCCCGACGGCCAUUGGCGAUUACAAAAACCACCCGCUGUACGCACUGAAACGACAUUUGCUUAAAUUUGAAGGCAUCUAUCCGGAGAACGCUCCCACGCUAGGUUUCAUCCGAGGGGAACCGGUGUAUGCGAGGGAAUGUGUACACACAUUACACUCCCGAGAAAUUUGGCUCAAGCAGGCGCGCACCGUUAAGAUGUUUGAAACGGCUUACAAGGUGGUUAAUGCUAGGCCAAAGUAUGAUAGGGCAUCCGGUCAAAUGCUUGCUGCCCAACCGCUGGAACUAUUUGGCUACUGGCAAACCCAGGACUACGAGCCACCCACAGCUGAAGAUGGCAUCGUGCCGCGAAACGCUUACGGCAACGUGGAAUUGUUCAAACCGUGCAUGCUUCCGAAGAAGACGGUACAUUUACAGUUGCCCGCGUUGAAUCGUAUCUGCAAGAAGCUGCGCAUCGACUGUGCCCAGGCCGUGACCGGAUUCGAUUUCCACGGCGGCAGCAGCCACCCGGUUUACGAUGGUUACGUGGUUUGUGAAGAAUUUCGCGACCUAGUCGUGGACGCCUGGUACCAGGAGCAGGAAGAGGAAGAGAAACGAGAGCGCGAAAAAUUCGAAAAACGAGUGUACGGCAACUGGAAAAAACUCAUCAAGGGGCUGUUGAUUCGGAGGAAACUUCAAAACAAGUACAAUUUCGAUAAUCUAUCCGGGUAAGUCGCAGCACGUAGAAAGGUCGUUUGUCAUCGAUAAAUUAAGUCAUGUUGAUGUUGUAAUAAACCGUCAUUUUCAUUGGU